UCCGUUCCGCUUAUAUCAUAUAUUAUGGUAGAAACGAAUCUGAAAUGAGACAAAGUUGGUCGUUGAUUAUGGUUGUUGAUCUGAGACGAACUAAAUUAUCUGAAAGCAUCGUAUAUAAAGUUGAAAAAUAUUUUCAACUACAAGAAUGGAUGUAGAACUUUUGUACUAAUGAAAAGUAAUAAAUUUUUCCAUCUUGUGAUUAAUUGAAAAAAAAUAUACAUAAAAAAAUGUAUCUAUACAACUUGACUCUUCAGCGUGCUACAGGUAUUACCCAUGCAGUGCAUGGAAAUUUUUCUGGUAGUAAAAUGCAAGAGAUUUUAGUUUCACGUGGCAAAUCUUUAGAAUUAUUAAGACCAGAUCCAAAUACUGGUAAAGUUCAUACUCUUUUAACUGUUGAAGUAUUUGGAAUCAUAAGGUCUUUAAUGGCCUUUAGAUUAACUGGUGGUACAAAAGAUUACAUUGUUGUUGGAUCAGAUUCUGGACGCAUUGUAAUUUUAGAAUAUAUUCCUGCUAAAAAUGUUUUUGAGAAAGUACAUCAAGAAACAUUUGGAAAAAGUGGAUGUAGACGCAUUGUACCUGGGCAAUAUUUAGCUAUAGAUCCUAAAGGAAGAGCUGUAAUGAUAGGUGCCAUUGAGAAACAAAAACUUGUUUAUAUUUUAAAUAGAGAUCCAGAAGCUCGUCUUACAAUUUCUUCACCUUUGGAAGCACAUAAAAGUAAUACAUUAGUUUAUCAUACUGUGGGAGUGGAUGUAGGUUUUGAAAAUCCUAUGUUUGCUUGUUUAGAAAUUGAUUAUGAGGAAGCUGAUAGUGACCCUACAGGAGAUGCAGCAGUAAAGACGCAACAAACUUUAACUUUAUAUGAACUUGAUCUUGGUUUAAAUCAUGUUGUACGCAAAUAUAGUGAACCUUUGGAAGAACAUGCAAAUUUCCUUGUAUCUGUCCCAGGAGGAAAUGAUGGACCAAGUGGUGUUCUUAUUUGUUCUGAAAAUUAUCUAACAUAUAAAAAUUUAGGAGAUCAACAUGAUAUUCGUUGCCCAAUUCCAAGGAGACGUAAUGAUUUAGAUGAUCCUGAAAGGGGCAUGAUAUUCGUAUGUUCUGCUACUCAUAAAACUAAAAGCAUGUUUUUCUUUUUGGCUCAAACAGAACAAGGAGACAUUUUUAAGAUUACACUUGAAACAGAUGAAGAUAUGGUGACUGAAAUUAAAUUAAAAUAUUUUGAUACUGUACCUGUAGCAGCAAGCAUGUGCGUUUUAAAAACAGGUUUUUUAUUCGUAGCUUCGGAAUUUGGUAAUCAUUAUCUCUAUCAAAUUGCACAUUUAGGAGAUGAUGAUGAUGAACCAGAAUUUAGUUCUGCCAUGCCUCUUGAAGAAGGCGAUACGUUCUUUUUUGCACCAAGACCGCUUAGAAAUUUAGUACUAGUUGACGAAAUGGAUAGUUUAUCACCUAUAAUGGCGUGUCAGGUAGCUGAUUUAGCAAAUGAAGAUACUCCACAAUUAUAUAUAACUUGUGGUAGAGGACCACGAUCUACUUUGCGAGUAUUACGACAUGGUUUAGAAGUAUCUGAGAUGGCUGUUAGUGAACUACCUGGUAAUCCAAAUGCAGUGUGGACUGUUAAAAGAAGAGUCGAUGAGGAGUAUGAUGCUUACAUCAUAGUGUCCUUCGUGAAUGCUACUCUUGUACUUAGUAUUGGAGAAACUGUAGAAGAAGUGACUGAUUCGGGAUUUCUUGGUACUACGCCAACUCUAAGCUGUUCUGCUUUAGGUGAAGAUGCUUUGGUACAGGUAUAUCCUGACGGAAUACGUCAUAUUCGAGCAGAUAAACGUGUAAAUGAAUGGAAAGCACCUGGUAAAAAGACUAUAGUGAAAUGUGCAGUGAAUCAACGUCAAGUUGUAAUUGCACUCACCGGGGGAGAAUUGGUAUACUUUGAAAUGGAUCCCACUGGGCAAUUAAAUGAAUAUACGGAACGAAAAAAAAUGCCAUCAGAAGUAAUGUGUAUGGCUCUUGGUAAUGUAGCAAUUGGUGAACAAAGAUCAUGGUUCUUAGCAGUUGGUCUUCAAGACAAUACAGUAAGGAUCAUUUCUUUAGAUCCUUCAGAUUGUUUAGCACCUAGGAGUAUGCAAGCUUUACCUGCAGCUGCGGAAAGUUUAUGUAUUGUUGAAAUGGGUGCUAAAGAUGCAAAUAAUUCCGAAGAAUUAUCACUUCAGCAAUCCAGUCUUUAUUUAAAUAUAGGUUUACAAAACGGUGUCUUAUUAAGAACAGUACUAGAUCCAAUUUCGGGUGAUCUCGCUGAUACACGGACGCGAUACUUGGGUUCCCGAGCAGUGAAAUUAUUUAGGAUAAAAAUGCAGGGAAAUCAAGCUGUACUUGCAAUGAGCAGCAGAUCAUGGUUGAGUUAUUAUUAUCAGAAUCGUUUUCAUUUAACACCACUAUCCUAUGAAAGUUUAGAAUUCGCAUCAGGCUUUAGUUCUGAACAAUGCCCCGAAGGAAUUGUUGCUAUUUCGACAAAUACACUUAGAAUUCUUGCCCUCGAAAAGUUAGGUGCGGUGUUCAAUCAAAUUAGUUUUCCAUUGGAAUAUACUCCGAGAAAAUUCGCAAUUCACUCGGACUCUGCACACCUGAUAAUUAUUGAAACGGAACACAAUGCAUAUACAGAAGAAACAAAACAACAGAGAAGAUUGCAAAUGGCAGAAGAAAUGCAAGAAGCUGCGGGAGCAGAAGAGGCUGUAGUAGCAAGAGAAUUAGCGGAGGCUUUUUUAUCCGAGGAACCUAAUGAAGCUGUGUUUGGUGCACCAAGAGCUGGACCAGGCUUAUGGGCAUCGUUAAUAAGGAUAAUCGCUCCCUCAACAGGACAAACAUUUGAAGUUCAUCGACUCGAGCAAAAUUUAGCUGCUUUAUGUUUAAGUCUGGUAAAAUUUGCCAAUCAGGGUGAUCAACUAUUUCUGAUAGUUGGUAUUGCGAAAGAAUUUCAAUUGAAUCCGAGAGUUAGCAGUGGUGGUUUUCUGUAUACGUACAAAGUUAAUAGCGAAUGCACUAAUCUCGAAUUAGUGCACAAAACCACUUUGGACGAAGUACCUUUGGCUAUAUGUCCAUAUCAAGGAAGAGUAUUAGUUGGUGUUGGUAGAAUGUUGCGUUUAUAUGAUAUGGGCAAGAAAAAGUUGUUAAGAAAAUGUGAAAAUAAACAUAUUCCUAAUGCUGUUGUAUCUAUCAAUGCAAUUGGACAAAGAAUUUACGUGAGUGAUGUACAAGAAUCUGUGUAUGCUGUCAGAUAUAAACGUCAAGAAAAUCAACUUAUAGUUUUCGCCGACGAUACACACCCGAGAUGGAUAACUACAACGUGCGUGUUAGAUUAUGAUACUGUAGCUACUGCUGAUAAGUUUGGAAACAUUGCUGUUAUACGUUUAGCAAGUGGAAUUAAUGAUGACGUGGAUGAAGAUCCAACUGGAAAUAAAGCAUUAUGGGAUAGAGGUUUAUUAAAUGGUGCCAGUCAAAAAGCGGAUACAGUUGCUUGUUUUCAUGUUGGCGAAACAGUUAUGUCUCUACAAAAGGCAACCCUUAUUCCUGGUGGUUCUGAAAGUUUAGUGUAUACGACGUUAAGUGGAACAGUUGGUGUUCUUGUUCCUUUUACAAGUCAUGAAGAUCAUGAUUUUUUCCAACAUUUGGAAAUGCAUAUGCGUUCGGAACAUCCCCCACUUUGUGGAAGAGAUCAUUUAUCAUUUAGGUCAUAUUAUUAUCCUAUAAAGAAUGUUAUAGAUGGAGAUCUUUGUGAACAAUUUAAUUCUAUUGAACCUGCAAAACAAAAAAGUAUAUCGAGUGAUCUGGAACGAACAGCUUCUGAAGUAUCGAAAAAACUCGAGGAUAUUCGUACACGAUAUGCUUUCUAAUUUUUUUCUUUUUAUUAUAAUUUAUUACCGAAUUAGUAAGUGUUAUAUUUAACAAAUUUCGCAUUCCGUUUUUACGAAUCCAACAUGUUUUUCAUAAUGAAAAUACGCGCACUGUUUAAUCAUUUGUAAAAGAAAUUAUAUAUACAUUAUUUUUAAUAGGUAGAAAAAAAAUUAAUAAAAAUUUUUAUGCAUAAUGUGUAAUAAAUACGAAUAAUGUUUUAUGUAACAGGUAUGAUAGAAAAAUUUUAAAAAAAGCUUUACUUAAAUUUAAAAAAAAAGUUUACUUAUAGUAAACGAAUAGAUUUUUAAAUUAAAUUGAGUAUGUAAAUUUUUACUUUAUAUAUUUUUUUGUUUCAUUAUAAAACAGUACAGUUGAAAGUUUUAAUCUUUUUGAUAGGAUAAAAUUAUAUAUUCAACUAUCUCUACAAUUCGAUAUGUAUAUCAGAUAUGUGUGCUACAAGUUUUGACGAAACUAUAAAAUAAUGAUUGCAAUGUUGAAAAAUACAUGUUUUUGCCAACAAUAUUUUAUAUUCUGAAAAUAUUAUUCCUAAAAAUUUUUUACAUUCUUAACUUUUUCUUUUUUUUUUUUUUUUUUUUUUAAUCUUAGUGAGUUUUAAAUUUAGUGAGCAAAAAGACUAAACUGGAUACUGAUGUGUAACGAAGAAAAAAACGUAGAAAACAUUUCACUGACCUACUUCAGUAUUAUAUAUAGCAUUUACAUAAAUUUAAAUAUACUGUCUAAACUUAAAUUAUUCACGUUAGACUAUCAUUUUCUUAUACAUUUAAAUUAUUUAAAUAUAAUUAAAUAUUUAGAUUAAAAUUAAAUAUUUUAUGUAAAUAUGUGAAAUUUUUUUUUUAUUUACUUUAAAAAUAAAUUCAAUAUAAAUCGUGUAUUUAUUUAUAAAUUUCAAAAAAUAGAACAAAGUUCUUUCAUUAUUUUCAAUUCCAAGGUUAAAUGUAUCUAUGUAUACUUUCUAUGUAUCACUAUUUUUUUACGAGAAAACUGGGAGCUCAUUUCUUUUUUCCACUAUUAUUUUUUCUUGCAUACAUUCCUUUUUUGACCUAUAAUUCGUCAUCAAUAGCGUUCAAUGUUGUAGUUCGCAUUUUUCUCGAUAAGCUUUGAAGUGCGAAGUUAAUCCGUGUGCCGAAGCGUAUCGAGGGUAACGCAACGAUAUUAUCCCCAUUUAACCUUCAAACUAAUAAGUAGGCUAUAGGAUAUGAAGUUUCGUUUAAAAACAUACCGUUUAAAAAAA